GGGUCUGGGCAAGCACAGUACCAGGUCCUGGCACAGAGGCGUCUGGGAAGCCAGAAGUUUCCAAAGCAGCGGGAACCCGAACCUGAGCAGAGCUCCCAGCAGCAGCGUGCACCAUGAAGGGGACACUGGCUGUGCUGGCCUUGCUGCUGAGCGGCGAGCUGGGCUUGCAGAGGAGUGAGAGUUUGACCAGUUGCCCGAUCUUUUAUGAGGUCUUUGGGACACUGUCCCUUGGAAGCAGGAAACUGCUGGAUGCCUCCUUGAGCUUGGUCAAUGCCACCCCAGCAGAGAAAGAAGCGCUGGGAAAAGUCCAGGAUUGCUACAAUGAGGGAGGGCUUACAGCCAAGGCCUUGGAUCUACAGGCCAUGACGUCCAUCAAUACCAGCCCAGAAUGCAUCUCACAUUCACUGGCGACAGUCGAAGCAAAUCUUUAAAACAUCUUUCCCAUUGGCCGUUAGCACUCACCGAUGCUGUGAGAAGGUGUCUUCUGCCAUUGACGCCUGCUCUGAACUCCUUCGUCCUGCCCUGUUAUCCUUCUCAUCAGAAGCUAGACUCAAGAUGCCUGGCCUCACCUGCUUAUAGACUCCAUUAGGUUGAUUCCAAUAAACACCUGAAGCUCUGCUUUG